AUGGUGGCGCCUUCUGCGAAGAUCUCGGCUGCCCAGGCCAAACCUGGAGCAGCUUCAAGUGCAUGGAGUCUCGGUCAGCCCGGACAGAUCCGAUGCGAGAACGGCAGGGAGUGGCAGGAUCGUUCUGCCUUCAACCCCAAGAGACUCAGGGAGUACGAGGAAAUGCGCCGUACCAACAAAGCAGUCACGCCUUACCGCUCCUUUAUCUCGUGCAAAGCCCAUUCUGGACAUAAUCCUACGGACGUUCAAUGCGUGGGUGGCUGUCACCGUAUCUUGCCCUUGGAGAGGUUCAGCAAGAAUUCUAGAAGGUUGCGCAAGUUCAAGUGUAUCGACUGCACCCAGCAUCAGCUGUAUCUCGAGCCGUACGCAACUGUUCCUGCUCCGAAUACUCUUCUGGACACUACCGAGGAAGAGGAGCUUGCUCAGGCUCGCCUUCGUCGCAAGCUUAAGCACGAUGCUCUUCAGGCUGCUUUAGAUUACGAUGACGAGGAGGAUGAGUCCCUCUACCGCGACGACCAGUCUGUUCUCUCUGGCGUCUAUGGUGCCGGAAGCAUUUUCUCGGGUGCUAUCACCGGCAGCCGGUCUGUUUACUCCUCGAGAUAUUCUGAAGCCGGAACGGACUACAGCGGCCAGCUCCAACCGCCUCAUCUGCGUGGCGAGAAUGGCUCUGCCUCUACCAAUGCUUUGGCUGCCCGGUUGAACGAAGAUGGCUCCUCUCUCAAUGGCAAUGGCUGGGGUUCUCAGGGUUUCUUUUCGGAGACCUACGCUGCUGUCUCGACUUCGAGCAACGCAGGGUAUGCCCCGAGUGACGCUCUCUUGACUGAUGGACAAUCCACUCUCGGCCCUGAAGAUUCGGGAUCUGUUGUUGCUGCUCUGGAGGACGACGGCGAGGACAACAGCCCUUCAACCUAUAAUCGCAAGCUCAUUGCUGAUCACACGACCGUUACUGAAUUUUUCGAGACUGAGGAGCCCUGGAGAGCUGAUUACGGCGUCAAGGCGGGCAAUUGGGUCAAGCUGCCCGGUCGCAAAACGCUGCCCCCAGUCCCGGAGUACAUUAGGCAUGGCGUGGAUGAUUACGACGAUGAUACCUACUCCUGGGAUGGCGAGUCUGAGGACGAGCUGUAA